CUUCGACAACAAUCGAUUCUACGCGCGGCAGGCACCAUCAUGGCGAGCGCAAACUUGACCCUAGACGAAGCGAAGGCUUACCUGAAGGAAGAACGAGGCGGAGUCAACUUGUACGACCACUUGUCCGAAGUACUCCUCAAGUUGCUAAUCGACCGCCCGAUCGACGCCACUACCAUGUUCGAGCAUUUGUCGUGCACAGUACGCCAGGAACGGUACUACCGCACGGAGUCGCCAAACAACAGCGAAGCGGCCGCGGAUACAGAAGCUAAAUCCGCCCAAGAGGCGUGGACCAAAGCCGCCAUCGGACUUCUCAAGAUUCAAACGGAAGAUGGAGAAAUUGCCCAAGACACACCCACCGGCGUGUCGGACCUGUUGGACGAAGCAAACAUGUUUGAGUGGGCGGGUAUUGGGUUUUCGAAAGCUGAAACAUUCCGACUGUCGCUGGCGCUCCAAAAGUUGGCAAGUGUACAUGGCACAACGAAAUUGCGUUUCUGGGGCAAAAUUCUUGGCACCACUGCGGAUUUUUACGUUGCUGAAGGCGAACUUCCAGAGCCGUACGAGCCCGAAGAUGCAGCUGCUGAAGAAGGGGCGAACGGAGUAAACAAGAACACAUACUGGAUCAUGAAAGACGACGGGUCGUAUCAAUGGACCAAGUUGCCCCAUGCCCGUCGAAAUCAAAUCAUUGCGGCGCGGGCACUUCGCCGUUUUGUCCACGGGGACUUAGACGGAAAAGUGCACGGCCAUCCUCCGUUUCCAGGCACGGAGAAGAAUUUCAUCCGCGCGCAAAUUGCUCGAAUCAAUGCGGGCACAGUUCUGUGCCCCGCUGGCUUUUUCACAGUGUCAGAAGAAGGGGAGCUGGAAGUGCCGGAAGAGGCCCCCGAGCCAAAAACUGCCGCAGAGCUAGGUGAUCUAAGCAAUUGGGUUCACUAUACGAAAGAACUCAACGAGAAAUACGGCCGGUCGACACCCAUGCCUCCGAACACCAACGACGACGGCGAAGAAGUCCCGUGGGAAGGCGAGGAAUUUGCCGAACCCCUACGGGCCAUUUCGGAAGACAAGCCGGGGUCGUGGCGAGUCGACCGACUGCCGUCUACUACGUCGGCUGCGGUGGGCGAAUUGGCGAUUGCGAGAUCGCUGACGUGGCCCGGGGCCGUCAGCAUUGGCGUAGGCAAGAAGUUCCUGAACGUGUACGUGGGGUAUGGGCUCAAGGCAAAGUUUGGCGUGGACUACCAGAUUCAGUUGCCACGAAAGCUCGCCAUUGACUUUGGCAUUGCCCCCGAAGGCGACACCAACAUCCUCAAGUUUACAAAUUUGGUCGAACAGGCAGAUGUGCUUGUGGACCCGACGCCGCCUGAAGAAGGAACCGAAGAGUAGGGUUCAUAUGGUUGGAUGCGCGUAAUACACUUCAUGUUCCAUCAUCACACGUAAAAUGGGACGACCGCAGCACAGUCGAGUGUACAACUUGUAUGGUUGAAACUAUCAACAUAGCGCUCGCUGCCUGCUGCAGAUUGUAGCCCUAUUGGCGACGAUUGCAGCGUCAAGAUGGUGUGGACAAACAAUCGCAGUCUUGUCGCACUUGCGCAUUGUAAAACCGAGUCAUUCCUCUAUCAUGGUUGUUUCAGAUUGCCCGAACGCGCUGGUGCCAUCACUUGACUGUGACCUUGCCAGGCACAAGAACGACGCCUCCAGUCGACACAAAUGCUAUCGUACCAUCAAAACACGUGCUCCAUGGUUCGACAACAGCACAGUCAUCGAGAACAACGGGCACGCCCCCCAGGUGAGGGCUCGUCCAGAUUUAUGUGGACGGCGCACCUGGCUAUCGUUCGAUUCUCCCCGUAGAA